AUGUCGGUGCUCGGCUGCGAUGCAGUUGCUGCAGCCGGCGGAGCCGUUUCCUCCGCGGCGUCCGGUGCGGAGGGGAUUGGAGGGUCCGGCGGUGGGGAUUGGUUUCGGGCACUUCCGCCAUUGUGGUCACGAUGGCGGUGGCGGAGUGCGCAGGAUAAGGGAGACGGGGAGUUUUCUGGUGCGGUAGGGUGCAAGGGUACAAUUACCUCUAAGAUUUUGCGCCGUUGGAUAGUUAUUAUGCGGUUUUUGGUGGUUAAUUUUUUCACGUGGUCUUUUAGAAUAGGUACUGAACAUAAGAAGUUUGGUUUUGAGUUUGGAAACUUGCGUCCUAUGAAAUAUGAGCAAAUAGCAGAAUUGCUGAAUGACAUUGCCGAGAGAUUUGACUGGGAUAAAAUAAUGGAAGAUGAUAAAAUUAUUGGACUGAAACGUGUUUGUGAAGUGUCUUUGAGAAUGGGAAACAAACACAGAGGAAAUGUGACUGAAGUGAAGUGA